UAAUCUUCUCCGAAUUCAUGUCGCAUAUUAUGAAUUCACUUACCUGAACUUGCCAAGCCUGUUACACACUUUCCAGGCAUUUAAAGCAGGCGGAGCUUAAGGUAGCUCAUGAGUCAUACAGGUGGGCCAUAAAAGGAUGAGAGAAAAAACCAGAGCACACAGAGAGGAUCCAUAACCAGGAGGUACGAUGAAGGGAAACGGAGAGCUCAAGAGGCCGUGGGACACCUGUCGGGAGGUUCCUGUGAUCGAAGACGAGCACACACCUUGGAAGUUGUUAAAGCUUCUAAAGAUCAUCGCUUUGUUUGCAGUUGGCAUCAUUGUGUUUGGAUUGGCAGUAUGUAGCAAGGGUUCUUUCCUUCUCCUCAUCACUUUGUCCCAUGAAGAUACAAAGACUCUCCAAGCAGAGCAGAAACCUCUCACACUGCUGUGUAUUGGCUGCUCUCUCAUUGCACCCACUGUUCUUCUGCUGCUGAAAAGCAUCUGGAAAUCAUGUUACAAAUCAUCAAAGCUGCCAAGAAAAUCAUCUGUAGCCCUGGUUUUGUUCUUCGAGUUCCUUGCUUCUGUGGGGUUAGCAGUGCUUACCAUUGUAGCAAUGCCUCACUUGGACAUUGUAACCAACGUGACCAUCCUGAACAGUGUAGCUGUCCUCUCUGCAUUCCUGCAAGCAGUCGCUCAGUGCACUGCCAAAAGGAUCAACAUCUUCCUGCUGCCUUCUAUCAUCGCAAUCUUGUUUAUUUUUGUUGGUUACUGCUUUUUCCUGGUCCUGUACAUUUUGAAAGACCCCACCGAUGUGAAGACAGCCAUCUGGGUGGGUCUUGCUGUUGGUGGGUCAAUCUUGGUGUCUUUCAACUGGUGGGAGAAUUACUUCAGGGUGAUCUGUGUGAAUAGCAAAUCCAACAUCCUGAAAAAUCUGUUAGAAGACUUGAUCAAGAGUCAGAACAUGCUGCACAUCAUGUCCAGCGUACUGAGGAUUGUGGUCACUGCCUGUGUGCUUGGUGCCUUUGUUCCUCUGGCCAAGAUGGACUGGGACAUUGUGACCUCCAUUCCAAGCAGGGAAACAAGAAUUGUAGCCAUCAUCAUUGGGGUCCAGCUGAUCUCCUCCGCGCUCUGCCAUUGGUUUGCUUUGGCAGCCUGUAAGAUGCAUGCUGUACGCCGAUGUUUCAUCGUGCCUUUGUACCUGGCUUCACUGGCUGUGAUGGUGCUGUUCAUCGUCCCUGUUAUUCUGGAUUAUCAGAACCACUGGUUAAACUUGAACACAACUGAAAACAUCAACUUCACAAGUUACUGCGCUGAAGCUGUGAAUGUCAGAAAUCAAAGUCUGAGUGGAAACCUGUUCCCACAUCUGGUUUUGGAUGUUGCCCAAACAAUCUGCUUCCUGGACAUGUCCAACACAGCCAACAUCGGCUUACUGACAGGUGCAGCAGCAUCAUGGUGGAUUGGUCUUGUGCUGACUACUAUCCAUAUAUGGUACUUUAACAUUUAUCGUAUCCAGAAGACACAAGACUUGUUUGUUCGGAGAGUCUAUGAGGGAGCCUUUAUUGAGCAGUCCUUACUCCUCAACACCCGUUUCAACAUCGAGACCAUAAAACGCAAGAAGAAACAGAAUAAGGAGAAUGCCACCCCUGCUAUGUUGUAUCUUUGUGCAACAAUGUGGCAUGAGACCUAUGAGGAGAUGAUGAAUAUCAUGAUCUCUAUAUUCAGACUGGACAAGUACAGACCAAAGAUAGAACCUAAGUUUGAUGAUUUCACCUUUGAAGCUCAUAUCUACUUUGAUGACGCCUUUGAAAAUGCCAGAGGAAAUCAGGUUCGUCACCUGAACACAUAUGCAAAGGACCUUGUGCAAAUCAUCACAGAGGUUUAUGGCAUCUUCAAGAACCUUAAUAAAACGUUCUUUGGAGUACAGCAGCAAAUUCCGGAUCAGUCAAUCAUAGAGACGCCAUAUGGAGCUAGACUUGUUGUUGAAAUGCCUCAUGGGAAUAACAUUGUAGUUCACUUCAAAGACAAACAGAAAAUUCGGAACAAAAAGAGAUGGUCUCAGGUUAUGUAUCUUUACUAUCUUUUGGGCUGGAAACUUAUGACCAAAUAUCACAAACUCUGGCAAAAGGGGUCUAAUGAAAAGGAUCUGAGGAAAGAGUUCCAGAGAGAGAAACACAACACCUACCUCUUGGCUUUGGAUGGGGACACAGACUUCCAACCAGCUGCUGUGAUGCUUCUCAUCGAUCGUCUGAAAAUGUAUCCCCGUGUUGGUGCAGCAUGUGGCAGAAUUCACCCCACUGGAUCAGGUCCUGCUGUUUGGUUCCAGAAGUUUGAGUACGCUGUCAGUCACUGGCUGCAGAAGACAGCUGAGCAUGUCUUUGGCUGUGUACUGUGCAGCCCAGGGUGUUUCAGUCUGUUCAGAGCAGAGGCGCUCAUGGACGAUAACGUGAUGAAGAAAUAUUCAACCAAAUCCACUGAGCCCAGCCACUACAUCCAGUAUGACCAAGGUGAGGACCGCUGGCUGUGCACUCUGCUUCUGAAACAAGGCUGGAGAGUGGAAUACAAUGCAGCAUCUGAUGCCUACACCAACGCACCACAGGACUUUAAAGAACUGUACAACCAGCGGAAACGAUGGGGUCCUUCCACGAUGGCAAACGUUGUAGAUCUGCUCGGUUCCACCAACCUCGUUUCCAAGAAGAAUCCAUCAAUGUCCAAACCAUUCAUGUUCUACCAGCUGUUUGCCAUGAUUUCAGCCAUUCUUGCUCCGUCCACCAUCUGUCUCAUGGUUGCAGGGAGUCUGUCCUUCAUUAUGGAAAUACCUCCUUCUGCUGCUCUGAUCAUAGCUGUGAUACCUCCUGCCAUUUACUUGGGUCUUUGCUUUAAACUCAAGGCAGACACUCAGAUCACUAUUGCAGCAGUGUUGAGUGUUCUGUAUGCAUUCCUUAUGAUGGUGGUGACAAUGUCCAUUAUUGCCGCAAUAGUGAAGGAAAAGACCAUUCUGACACCCAGCAGCAUUUUCAUCGUGGCCAUGUCCGUCAUUUACAUUGUCACUGCACUGCUGCAUCCUCAAGAACUUCCUUUGCUGUUCUAUGGAUUACUCUACAUCAUCUGCAUCCCAAGUGCCUACCUCCUGCUCACCAUCUACUCCAUGGUCAACAUGAACAGUGUCUCAUGGGGAACCAGAGAAACAAAACCGACUGCAGAGGAUGCAACAACUGCAGACGCCAUCCAGCAAACUAAAACACAAAAAGCAAAAAGUACUUUCAAACGACUCUGCUCCUGGAAGAAAUUUGAAAAAUCCAACCAGCGAGAAGAAGAUAAUCAGCUCGGUGUGAGACAAGAGAUCCCAGAGUCUAUACAGCUUGAACCUCAACCCCAGAACAGCAUUGUGGAUGAUUUCCCCCAAAAUGAAGAGGAAGAGGAAACCAUUUUUGACUCUCCAGUUCAAUGUUGGAAAGCAGAAGUGGAGAGUUUGUCCAGCGACAUUCAGCUGCAGGUGGAUUCUCUUGAUGAGCACCAUUGUUCACCACUCGUUAUUCACAUAUUCCCAAGUUGAAGGAUGAGGAUCAGUUUUGGAAGGAACUUAUUGAAAAGUACCUGGAACCUCUGCAAAAUGACAAAGAAAAUC